AUGUAUGUAAUCCCGUGCUGCUGCUGGCAGGUGGCACAUAUAACGGAGACCAAGGGGCAGAUCAAGCUGCGGUUCCGCACCGCAGCAGGCAAGGACGUGGUGAGCGUACGCAACUUCUCACUCACGCAGAAGACCAGCAAGAUGGAGUUCAAGGCCAUUGAGAGCGUGCUGCAGACCAUCAACAGUACUACGGGCGAGCGUGUGUCUCUGAGCUACCGCUGUGCGGACAUGGACCGCGAGAUCCCGCUGCUGAUGGGCGUGCCCAAGGCGGUGCUGGAGAAUGUGAUCUUCGUGCACCAGGACGACGCCAACUGGCCCCUUGCUGAACCCGCGCUGCUUAAGAAGAAGUUUGACGACAUUUUCUCAGCCACCAAGUACACUAAGGCGCUGGAGGCACUGAAGAAGGUACACAAGGAGCAGGCGCAGCUUAUAAAGGAGAUGAAGCUCAAGGCGGAGAACCUCAGGAACAUACUCGACACGUCCUUGCGGCUACAGGAGGGCAUAAAGGCAGACUCAGGCCAGUCAGAGCGCCUGGUAGCGCAGAUUGAGAGGCUGGAGGGGCAGAUUGCGGAGCGGAGGGUGCGGCAGGACGAGGUGGAGAGCGGUCUGGCGCGGUUGAGACAGCUGAAGGCGGACUUGCAGACGCAGGAGGGGCGGCUGGAGCUGCUGUCCCGGCAGAAGGUGCAGCAACGCACCAACAUAGUGUCAGACAACCAAGAGUCAGACGAGAAGUUGGAGGAGUGGCGGCGGGAGUUUGAGGGCGUGGUGGCCAAGCUGGAGGGCAGCCUGGCGCGCACCACACGGGAGCUGAGCGAGCUGAGGAUUCAGCAGGAGGCGGAGAGGGAGAGCAGCGAGAGGGACAAGCAGCUGGUCAGCCGGUUGCAAGUGGAGAAAGAGGUGCACGAGCGGGACUGCAACGAGCGUGACAGGUGCCUGCAGGAGCUGUUUACCAAGCACGACCUGGGAGACAUAGGCCCCGUGCCCCUGGCAAGCAAUCAAGCAGUGGAGCUGGCAAUGCGCGCAACUAGCAGGUUGACACAGCUGCAGGAGCAGUGGGAUGAGAUGAAGCGGGGGCAGCAGGAGGAGGAGCGGCGGCGGGGGGCGGAGAUUGAGGCUGCUGGGGGGGAGAUUGUGAAGGCGGAGGGGCAGCUGCAUUUGGCGCAGGAGAGAAAGAGGAGUAGCGAGGCGAGGAGGCAGCAGGUGAAGGAGGCGAUGGACAGCAGCAGUGUUGAUGAGGAGUGCAUGGCCCGGCUGGAGCGAGAAGAGAAGAAAGCGAAAGCUGAGGCGGACAGACUCGCAACCAAGCUACGAGACCCCACACUGCUGUCCAAGCUGGAGGAUGCCAAAACGGACCUGAGCCGGCAGGAGCAGCGGCUCAAGGCCCUUCAGCGGGAGAAGGACAGCCUGGCGGCGGAGAGCAGCGAGAGGGUGACGCUGAGGCUGAAGCAGGAGGCGGUCAGGGAGAAGGAGGCUCAGCUGAAGAAGCUACUGGCGGAGAACAAGGGGCGGAUAGAGGAGGUGCUGGGCGGAGAGAUGCCUUCAGACACAAGCAAGCUGGUCCGGGAGGUUGAGAAGGUGAUCAGGGCACAGCGAGUGGUGUAUGAGGAGGCAGAUGUGAAGGCCAAGGAGGCAGGGAACGAGGCAGCAGUGCAGCAGCAGCGGCUGGACCAUGCUCGGAGCGAACUCAACAAAUACAGCAACGAGAUGGAUACCAAGCGGGUGCUGAUCCAGACGCGUCUGAGCAAGGCAGUGGAUCCUUCUCUUGCAGUGGACGAUUUGGACAGAGUACGAGGAGAGAAGAGGACAGCACUGGAGGAAGCUAUCGGGACGUACGAAAAGUUUGUGGCAAUGAAGCAGUUUGUGGGGCGGUUUGUGCAAGACGCCCAGCGCAAGCACUGCUGCCCGACUUGUGAAAGAAGUUUUUCCCCGGCGGAGGAGGAAAAGUUUGUGGAAAAAGUAAAGGCCACGAACAGAGACGCUGGAAACAAGGAGGUGGUGCUGAAACGGGAAAAAGAGGGUCUUGUGCAGCAGCUGGGGAUUCUGGAUGACCUGCAUCCUGUUUAUAACGAGUACAGGAAGCUGGUGGAUGAGCUGGUGCCACGUGCCAGGGUGGUAGUGGGCCACGUGGAGGAAGCCCAGAGCAAGGCACAGGAGAACCAUGAGAAUCUGCUGUGCUCGCUGGCAGAAGCCAAGGCGAAGCUAGACGCGGCGGGGCGGGUGGAGGGGGUGGUAAAGGAGGCGGAGAGGGUGAGGAAGGAGGCGGAGAACGGGGAAGCAGAGGUGCAGGAGCUGGAAUACCGCCUUGACACGCUCUCCCAGGCCAUGCGCUCCCUGGCGGAUGUCAAUGCUGAUCUGGCUGCUGUGGAGGGGAAGAGAGAUGCAGCAGCAGGGGAUGUGGAGAGGCUGAGGGAGGAGCAUGCAGCGUUGAAGGACGAGGCAGCAGCAGCCAGCAACAGGUGGCGGGGGGCGCGGGAGGAGAGGGCCCAGAUGGCGCUGAGAGUGGCGAGGCGGCGGGAGAUGGAGGAGGAGGUGGGGCAGCUGGAGGUGGCGAUCGAAGGGAGCAAGCUGGAAAUACAGGCAUUGGAGCGCAGCAUGGGCCCUCUGAGGAAGAAGCAUGGGGAUGCGAUGGAGGAGAGGAGGGCGUGGAGGGAGCAGGCAGGGGCGGAGGAGGCGGAGAUGCAGGGGCGGGCGCCUCUCCUAGAGCAGCGGCGCCUCUCCCUCACAACCCCCAGAGCAGCGGCGCCUCUCCCUCACAACCCCCAGAGCAGUGGCGCCUCGCCCUCACAACCCCCCAGAGCAGUGGCGCCUCGCCCUCACAGCCCCCGAGAGCAGCGGCACCUCUCCCACACAACCCCCAGGGCAGCGGCGCCUCUCCCUCACAACCCCCAGAGCAGUGGCGCCUCUCCCUCACAACCCCCAGAGCAGUGGCGCCUCUCCCUCACAACCCCCAGAGCAGUGGCGCCUCUCCCUCACAACCCCCUGGAGCAGCGGCACCUCUCCCUCACAAACCCCCAGAGCAGCGGCGCCUCUCCCUCACAAUCCCCAGAGCAGUGGCGCCUCUCCCUCACAACCCCCAGGGCAGCGGCGCCUCUCCCUCACAACCCUCCAGAGCAGCGGCGCCUCUCCCUCACAACCCCCAGAGCAGCGGCGCCUCUCCCUCACAACCCCCCAGAGCAGCAGCGCCUCUCCCUCACAACCCCCAGAGCAGUGGCGCCUCUCCCUCACAACACCCAGAGCAGCGGCGCCUCUCCCUCACAACCCCCCAGAGCAGCGGCGCCUCUCCCUCACAACCCCCAGAGCAGUGGCGCCUCUCCCUCACAACCCCCAGAGCAGCGGCGCCUCUCCCUCACAACCCCCCAGAGCAGUGGCGCCUCUCCCUCACAACCCUCCAGAGCAGUGGCGCCUCUCCCUCACAACCCCCAGAGCAGUGGCGCCUCUCCCUCACAACCCCCCAGAGCAGUGGCGCCUCUCCCUCACAACCCUCCAGAGCAGCAGCGCCUCUCCCUCACAACCCCCAGAGCAGUGGCGCCUCUCCCUCACAACCCCCAGAGCAGCGGCGCCUCUCCCUCACAACCCUCCAGAGCAGUGGCGCCUCUCCCUCACAACCCCCAGAGCAGCGGCGCCUCUCCCUCACAACCCCCCAGAGCAGCGGCGCCUCUCCCUCACAACCCCCCAGAGCAGUGGCGCCUCUCCCUCACAACCCCCAGAGCAGCGGCGCCUCUCCCUCACAACCCCCAGAGCAGUGGCGCCUCUCCCUCACAACCCCCAGAGCAGUGGCGCCUCUCCCUCACAACCCUCCAGAGCAGCGGCGCCUCUCCCUCACAACCCCCAGAGCAUUGGCGCCUCUCCCUCACAACCCCCAGAGCAGCGGCGCCUCUCCCUCACAACCCCCCAGAGCAGCGGCGCCUCUCCCUCACAACCCCCCAGAGCAGUGGCGCCUCUCCCUCACAACCCCCAGAGCAGCGGCUCCUCUCCCUCACAACCCCCAGAGCAGUGGCGCCUCUCCCUCACAACCCUCCAGAGCAGUGGCGCCUCUCCCUCACAACCCCCAGAGCAGCGGCGCCUCUCCCUCACAACCCCCCAGAGCAGUGGCGCCUCUCCCUCACAACCCUCCAGAGCAGCGGCGCCUCUCCCUCACAACCCCCAGAGCAGUGGCGCCUCUCCCUCACAACCCCCAGAGCAGCGGCGCCUCUCCCUCACAACCCUCCAGAGCACUACAUCGUCUCGAACAAGGAGCAACGUCUGGCAGAAGCAUCGAAGCGGCUGCAGCAGUCGCAAGCACGGCAGGCGAGCAACGAGCAGCAGAUAGAGCAGCUGAGCAGGACGGAGGCGGAGGAGAGGGAGAUGCUGCGCAGCCAGGAUGCUGUGAAGCGGAACGUGGAGGCGAUUCUGGUGUUCCGGGGGAUGGAGAGGGAGGAGGAGGGGGUGAGGAGCGAGGUGGAGAGGCUCAGGGAGGAGAUGGGGCGAGUGGGGAGGGUGGGGGAGUUGGAGGAGGAGGUGAGGGCCUUGAGGGAGGAGAUUGAUGGGCUUGCUGCUGAGCAAAACCACAGUCGGGGCAAGGUGGCCGCGCAUGAGGCCAGCAUUCGGCGUGCCCAAACAGAGCUGAAAGCGCCGCAGUUCAGAGACAUUGAUAGCCGGCACAGGAAGCAGCUCAUACAGCUCAAGACCACAGAGAUGGCUAACCGCGACAUUGACAAAUACUACAAUGCGUUGGACAAGGCUUUAAUGCGGUUCCAUGCGAUGAAGAUGGAAGAGAUCAACAAGAUCAUCAAGGAGCUGUGGCAGCAGACGUACCGAGGCCAGGACAUUGACUACGUUGAGAUUCGCUCCGACGCGGAAGGAGCGGGGACAAGGUCUUACUCCUACCGAGUGGUGAUGCGCAGUGGUGAUGCUGAGCUUGACAUGCGGGGACGGUGCAGUGCCGGCCAAAAGGUGCUGGCUUCUCUCAUCAUCCGCCUUGCUCUGGCUGAGACCUUUUGUCUCAACUGCGGCAUUCUCGCUUUGGAUGAGCCGACCACCAACCUUGACGCUCCCAAUGCUGAGAGCCUUGCGAGGGCCUUGAACAGACUAAUGGAAGAGAGAAGAAGCCAGGAGAACUUUCAGUUAAUUGUCAUCACUCACGAUGAGACUUUCGCAGAAAUGAUUGGGCGAAAGGAGCAUGCAGACCACUACUACCGCAUCUCAAAGAAUGAAAGGCAACAGAGUACAAUCGCGGUUCAAGACAUCUACGAUUGA